CUGAUCUGGCCAGGCGGAUGAAAGUAGAGGCGCACUGUGGGGAGAGAGGAAAAAGUUCUCAACAAGGAGAGGCAGGACUACUCUUACGGAGCCCCUGCAGUCUCACUUUUUAUGCCUCUAAUAGACUUUCCCUGCCAUCCUUUUGCAUUUUUGCUCUGCAAAACUGCUUUUACGUCUCCGAGAGAGAAAUCCUACUUUUUUACUUAAGUGAAAGCACCAGCACCAUGGAGCUGCUCUGCCUCGAAAUGGACACCAUCAUACGAGCUCGUCCCGAUCCGAACCUCCUGUGCGAUGACAGAGUCCUGCAGAGCUUGUUGACCAUAGAGGAGAGGUUUCUACCCCAAUAUUCCUAUUUCAAAGGCGUCCAGAAAGAUAUUCAGCCGUUUAUGAGGAGGAUGGUCGCGACUUGGAUGCUGGAGGUUUGUGAGGAGCAGAAGUGCGAGGAAGAAGUUUUUCCCCUGGCCAUGAACUACUUAGACAGAUUUUUAGCCGUGGUACCCACCAAAAAGUGUAACCUGCAGCUGCUGGGAGCAGUCUGCAUGUUUCUUGCAUCCAAAUUGAAAGAGACUCGUCCAUUAACUGCAGAGAAGCUUUGCAUCUACACAGAUAACUCCAUCAGACCACAAGAGCUGCUGGAAUGGGAACUGGUAGUGUUGGGGAAGUUGAAGUGGAACUUGGCAGCAGUGACGCCGAACGAUUUCAUCGAGCACAUUGUGAGGAGGCUGCCGCUGCCCGAGGAUAAGCUGGCACUUAUACGCAAACAUGUCCAGACCUUCAUCGCCCUCUGUGCCACAGAUUUCAGAUUCGCCAUGUACCCUCCCUCCAUGAUUGCUACAGGAAGUGUGGGGGCAGCGAUCUGCGGCCUACAGCUGGACUCAGCUGACCAGUCACAGUGGGGUGACAGUCUGACAGACCUACUGGCCAAAAUUACAAACACAGAAGUGGACGUUCUCAAAGAGUGUCAGGAGCAGAUCGAGCGUGUGUUGGUGAGCAGCCUGCGCGAGGGGCGGCAGCAGCAACAGCAGCAGCAGCAGACACAAAGAGGUCCCAGCGGCAAAGGUCUGGAUGAGCUGGAUCAAUCCUCCACCCCAACAGACGUCCGUGAUGUCAACUUGUGAACCACCAGAGGGCGUCAUUGCACAGGAUUUACAAAAAAAGAGAAAAGCAUCAUGAAAAAAACCUCAAUUUUCUUAAAAGCAGAAAAAAACAACAAAAGAACAAAAAAUUUUAAAAACACAAGCCCUUUAAGAGAAAAAGAACAAUGCUUGCUAGUUUUUUUGUAGAUUUUCUGUUCUUCAAGUCAAAAACACCUGCCCACGAAAUAGAUUUUCUAUGAUGUUCUAGUCUAAAAGCAACAAAUUUGAUUCAAGAUGAAGCUAUGUGGUGCCUUGGAUAUACAGAAGGGAAGCCAAUCAUAUUUGCAUUCUGCCUUUGAUUGUAUAGUAUGAUCUUUAAGUUAUAUUUUAACCAUAGCUUGAUAAUGAGGCUGUUAUGGUAGAAGUUGUGGAAACCAUUCAGAAAUUGCAUACAUGGGAUCACAGUGGGGCUUAAGUUUAUUUUCUCUGUUUUGUUUUAUAUGAGUAUUAUCACUAUUUCAUAUGUGGCUGGUGUAAGAGAGGACACGUGUUCAAGCUCCUCGACCAUCAGAAGGUCCACAUGUGUGUCAAGGAUGAGACAGACAGAGGAAGCCGUGAGAACAUUAUGCUAAAAGUUGGUGGGUCCCAGUUCCAGGGAAGAGACAGGAUUGUAAUAAUUAUUAGUAGUAUUAGUUAUUAUUAUUAUUAUUAAUAUUAUUAUUGGACAUAUUUUGGAACUGAGUAGUAGAGAUCAAUAAGCUCCUUUUUUCAGGCUGCUUGUGUGUGUCAGUUUGUAGGUGCAGUGUGCAAGCGUGCGUGUGGUUGUUUGUGAGUAUGCCAGUUUGCAUGCAUGCCUGUGUGUGUGUCUAUGUAUGUGUUGUGAAUGCUACAUGUGAUCCUGUAUCUAUAUUAGCAGUGUGCAUCCUACGGCGUCAGGCACUUAAGCAAAGUCAAGUCGUAGACUUACAGUUCUAUGUUGAAAGACUAUGGAGCAAGCCGAGGCUACACAUACUUUGUCCAUCAGUAUAACAGGGCAUCUAUGCUAUAUCACUGCCUUCAUGCAUUAACAAUGUAUCAUGGUUCAUUGUUGGCCAACAAUAAACUCAUGUGCAUGGACUAUAAGUGAGACAGAAAAAGCAAUUCAGCAAAGGAGGAAAUGGGCGAAGGGACUUUUCACUUAGAGCCCCUUAUCUUUCUAGUUUUUCCUGAGGUGUCUCACCUCAGACUCAGAGGUCAUGUGAGGUGUUUGUUUAUUACUGCCAUUCUGUUGAUGAAAUAUUACAGAUACUUCAUUCUUUUUCACGUUGUUACGAUAUGGUGUUUCCUUAGUUGUGAAAGGCUGCUUUGAGUCUGGACAGAGGAGUAAUGACCUCUUGCGUGUGCAGCAUGAAUAGCACAUGCAAAAACAGGAGAGGAUAAUGUCUUGAAGAAAGAAUGCUUUUUAAAGUCUGGAGGAUGUUAGAUUCCUCUGUAUUAAUUAGCAGGGAGGGACCAGGGCGUGGUGUGGAAAGAAUUAGAAAGACAGGGACAGUUUGCAACUAAGAAGUCACUGUGGAACUGUGGAGGGUACAGGAUGGUAGGACAAGGAGGGUGCAGGAGCAUGCUGCUGUGUAGGAGAUGUGGAUGAUGUACAGCCAGUGGCUGGAAGAUAAUAAUGAACAAAAGACACCCAAAGGCCUCACAAUAAAAUUAACUGCAUAUUUGGGUGGAACCAACAUUAAUUUCUCAUUUUUACAAUGUCAUGUCUACAGUGACACAGCUAAGUGAACAGAUAUGCUCUAGGUUUCCAUUUAUACAAAAAUGAAAUGAGGAACUAAGACUGUACACUGCCAGAUCAUGUGAGGAUGAACUUUCUUGGUGGGGUUUAGAGGAGUACAGGAUGAUAACAUACUGUCAAUGCAUCUAGAGUCCCACAUAGGGUUGUUUUCAGCUCCCCUAUACGAUUUCAAUGGCAAAGCACUUUGAGAACAUGCUCCCCAGGAGAUAAGUAAAAUGAAAUGCGUUGGGUGGUGAUUGGAGGUGAAUGGAUGUUUUCUUUUUUUUUUCCUUGUUAGCCUUUUCUUUGGUUUACUUUGUAGGGCUGGUUUCCCAAUCAUCAGACAUACCCUUGUCAAGCAAGAGUCAAAUUUAAAGGGCUUUCCACGAGUUACGACGAGAGGACAUUCCGAUCAAAAAAAAACAUUCCUACCCAAGCCAAGUGCAAGUUGAUGGGGAGUUUGACCGUUACAGAGAAUUUGAACAAGUGCAAAACGUCAAUAUGAAUUGGAAAAUGCCUACACACAGAGUUCACUGAUCCAUGGGUUCUGUUUGAUUUUCUUUUACUUUGUCAAGAAAUGAAUUAUUUGUUUUUACUUGAAUUUUUUCUUUUUAUUUAUCUGCAUCACAGCCACAGAUAGUCACACAGGGCAGCGAUGAGCUACAGGAGAGGGUGGUCGUAACAUCCAAUAUUUGCACAUGUUCUUCAGAGGGCAAUGAGGUUUGCAUUUUUCAGACAGAGCAGAGCCUUUGCUCUAAACCACCUUAACUGGUGUGUGUUGCAGUGGUUGGUCAGUUUUUUUAAUGGUGCUGGCUUUUGUAGUUAAGGCUGAUUGUCUGUCAGUGAACACAUCUGUCCCCUGUGAGCUUUGCUGCUUCAAAUCAUUGGCAAGGGGGUUCAUCAGCCAGACAGACAGCAGCACAAAACAAGAGACAGGUUUUUUUUUUCUUUUUUGUUUUAUUUUUAUGGGACACGUGGCUUUGCCACAGCAAGGUGUCUUUGACUUAAUGCUUGAGUUAUUUUAUUUUAUUUUUUUCAUGACGGUAUGUGAUUUGCUGAGUGUAUGUUUGCCAGACUGAAGAAAAAUGUGGGGAUCUAAUGUUUUAGUGAUGUUUUUCAGUAAAACUGGGCAAUUUAAUGCCAAAACAUCCCUGUUUGAAUAUUUGAUGAUAUAUGACCCCUUCAUUUUUGCCUCUGUUUGCCUGAUGUAAGCUCUCUCCCAAACUUAAUGGUUGUGAUUUUUCUUUCCUGCAAUUUAUUGUUGCAUGUGUUAUAUAUUGAGACCACCUUUACAAUUUGUGUUUGAUAUAUUUUAUGGGGUGACCAGACCCACAAAAGGGUUUUUCUAAGAUUUAGAGAUACUGUAUUCCAAAGUGAAGAGAGGACAGAGGAGGAGGUGUGAAGACAUCAAGAAAAAAGUGUCAAUAUUUUUAUUGAGUUAUUGUUGUCUUUUUGCGCUGCUAAAAGCUAUGAAUUUGUUUCAUUUAUACAAAAAAAUAACAUUACCUAGUUGUGAUGUGUCACUUGAGUGUGCUGCUAUUUUAUAAACAUUUGUAUUAUAAUAUAAUUAUUUUACUGCUUAAGAGAUACAUUCAGAAAAACGAAGUAGAUGGUGAUAGAAGAACAUGAAAUGAGUACUCGACUGGAAAUGUUCUUUGUACAGUUUGACAGUUUGCUUAGAUAGCAUGUCUCCUUUCCCCCUGUUUUUUUUUUUUUUUUUUAAUCUAUUUUGCUCUCCUUCUUCAGUCACAUUCUGCAUCAGUGGUAUUUCCUAUACCUCAGGAUUACUGGACAAAAUAAAAUACACAAAUCCAUCACCUAUACCUCUGCAGUUAGGGAGCCUGGAACGGAGGAGAAAGAAUACAGUGGGGGUGGAAAAAAGCAACGACAAAUUAUCAUGUUUGUGGAGAAAUCCCACUGUUUUAGUGGGGAAACAACUUGCUCAGUGCGAUGGGAAACAGGAAAUAUGCAAGGCUUCCACUUGGACUUAACCUAUAUUGGGGGGGGGAGGGGGACACAACAACAUUGCAGCAUUUUCUUGGGGUUUUAAUACCGUAGAUAGUUCAAGCAUGUUCAUUUGUGUUCAUGUUGGUGCUACAACACCUGAUCUGUUGUGUGUGAGAGAGGGAAAAACAGCAUUUCUAUGAUGGCCAAAGUACAGUUCUUGCUUUAUACAACCACAAUCACCCUGAAUGUCAGUAAAUAUGGAUUCCGUAUGUGAGAAAGAUAUGUUUUGGUCUGAAAUAUUGUGUGUGCGCACCAUUGUAACUGCCACGAAAUAAUGGGUUGAGCUACACCUGCCAUGUCCCACCAUAAAUAUUCUGAUAUCUGGAAGUUUCAAUGGUGCAGAUUUCCCUUUGAGUUGCCUCCCCUCCACUAUAACUCAUAUCAUGUACCUCAAAUGUCUGUUGCACAACCUCUGUUCAAUAAACUUCUGCUUUAAAGGGUGUGACACCACAUCAGCUCACUA